AUGUUUUGUAAAAAAAAAAAAUUGAGAGAAGCUCUCGCCUCUCUCCUCGGCCUCUGCAGCGUGGCCGGCCGCCUCAUCCUCAACGCUCUGGUGACGAUCUUCAAGGUCAGCGUUAGUAAUCAACAAGCUAAUUGGAAAAGAUGGAAGCUCACCGGUAAAGGGAAAGCAGCAGUGCUGGAUAAUUCCAGUUUGCGAUCAGCGGCUGCUCCUCGGCUCUCGAUCCCGGCCCGCGGCGAUAACAGUGACCGUCGGGUUAACAGGGCACAGAAGCCUGACUCAAGUGUUAGGUGCAGCAAAAGGAAAAGGCCUUCCGACGAUCUUGCUCUGAUGGAAUGGUACAAAUGCCGCAAGAAGAACCCCAAAGUGGGCUGGCGAUUCCAGUUACCAUCCUCGUCGGACUUGGAAGAGACGAAUCCCCCCUGCUUGAAUGAUCGGGAUACUCUGGGGAUGCCCUCCCAAGAUUCUUUGGUGGAACCUGUGCUCAAGGCCCAGGGGAAACCGGUAAAACACCCAGAACCCAUUGCCAAGCUCGACGCAUCGGCGGUCGAAAUUUGGCGGAAAGCCAUAGGGGUCAUCGGUCUCCGGCCGUCAAGAUGUUUGACCAUUGCCGCCGGCCCUUCUCGGUUGCGGCGGCGACGUGAAACCCGGGAUAAAAAUAAAUCUUUAAUUCCGGAUAAUCAUCCCUGGUUUAUAGGGAUUAAGGAGGAUUUCUCCAAUAUUCUGCACGGUUACAGAAACGAAACUAAUCUCCCCAAUCCCACUCGGACUCUGCCUCUGAAUUCUGUUAGGUGUCCGCCUGGGAGUGAGACUCAAGGGGUCAAAAACCCUUUUAAAAACCCGCCUCCCCAGUUGCGAUCAAGCACUUCACAAUCCUGCAAAAAAGCAACUGCGGUUGAUAGGGUGUUUGCUUCCUCCCAACGAUGA